GCCACCGGAAGAGUCGCGGUCGCCAGCCGAGCCGGGAGAGUGGGGAGCGGAAGCGGCGGCCGCGGCGGCGGCGGCAGCAGGCGGCGCUGGGACCCGGGAGCGGCCGGAGAACAAGGGAGCUGGCGCCGCGGCCGGCCGCGGAGCUGGGCUGAGCCGCUGGGCCGCGCCGAGGCCGCCGCCGCCUGAGAGGCCUGGCCCGGCCGCCGGAGCAGGCCGCGCGCGGGCCGCUGGGCCCGAGGCCGGAGCCAUGGGCGAGACCAAGAUCAUCUACCACCUGGACGGGCAGGAGACGCCGUACCUGGUGAAGCUGCCCCUGCCCGCCGAGCGCGUCACCUUGGCGGACUUUAAGGGCGUUCUGCAGCGACCCAGCUAUAAGUUCUUCUUCAAGUCUAUGGACGACGAUUUCGGAGUGGUGAAGGAAGAGAUCUCGGACGACAAUGCCAAGUUACCCUGCUUCAAUGGCCGGGUGGUAUCCUGGCUGGUAUCAGCUGAGGGCUCACACCCAGAGCCAGCCCCUUUCUGUGCUGACAACCCCUCAGAGCUGCCACCACCUAUGGAGCGCACAGGAGGCAUCGGGGACUCCCGACCCCCAUCCUUCCACCCUCAUGCUGGUGGGGGCAGCCAGGAGAACUUGGACAAUGACACAGAGACGGACUCUUUGGUAUCUGCCCAGCGGGAGCGGCCACGUCGGAGGGAUGGCCCAGAGCACGUAGCUCGGCUAAACGGAACUGCGAAAGGGGAGCGGCGGCGAGAGCCAGGCGGUUAUGAUAGCUCAUCCACUCUUAUGAGCAGCGAGUUGGAGACCACCAGCUUCUUUGACUCAGAUGAAGAUGACUCCACCAGCAGGUUCAGCAGCUCCACAGAACAGAGCAGUGCCUCACGCCUGAUGAGAAGACACAAGCGACGCAGGCGGAAACAGAAGGUUUCUCGGAUUGAGCGGUCCUCAUCCUUCAGCAGCAUCACGGACUCCACCAUGUCACUCAACAUCAUCACAGUUACUCUCAACAUGGAAAAGUAUAACUUCUUGGGCAUCUCCAUUGUGGGCCAAAGCAACGAGCGUGGUGACGGUGGCAUCUACAUUGGCUCUAUCAUGAAGGGUGGGGCCGUGGCUGCUGAUGGACGCAUCGAGCCAGGAGACAUGCUGUUACAGGUAAAUGAGAUCAACUUUGAGAACAUGAGUAACGACGAUGCAGUCCGGGUACUGCGGGAGAUUGUGCACAAACCGGGACCUAUCACCCUGACUGUAGCCAAGUGCUGGGACCCAAGUCCGCGUGGUUGCUUCACAUUGCCCAGGAGCGAGCCCAUCCGGCCCAUUGACCCUGCGGCCUGGGUCUCCCACACUGCGGCCAUGACGGGCACCUUCCCUGCAUACGGCAUGAGCCCCUCCCUGAGCACCAUCACCUCCACCAGCUCCUCCAUCACCAGUUCCAUCCCUGACACAGAGCGCCUAGAUGACUUCCACCUAUCCAUCCACAGUGACAUGGCUGCCAUCGUAAAAGCCAUGGCCUCCCCUGAAUCAGGGUUGGAGGUCCGCGACCGCAUGUGGCUCAAGAUUACCAUCCCUAACGCUUUCAUCGGCUCAGAUGUGGUGGACUGGCUGUACCACAAUGUGGAAGGCUUCACUGACCGGAGGGAGGCCCGCAAGUAUGCCAGCAACCUGCUAAAAGCUGGCUUCAUCCGCCAUACUGUCAACAAGAUCACCUUCUCUGAGCAAUGCUACUACAUCUUCGGCGACCUCUGCGGCAACAUGGCCAACCUCUCCCUCCACGACCAUGACGGCUCCAGUGGCGCCUCUGACCAGGAUACACUGGCCCCUUUGCCACACCCUGGGGCUGCCCCUUGGCCCAUGGCUUUUCCUUACCAGUACCCGCCGCCCCCGCACCCUUACAACCCACACCCGGGCUUCCCGGAGCUGGGCUACAGCUACGGCGGGGGCAGUGCCAGCAGUCAGCACAGUGAAGGCAGUCGGAGCAGUGGCUCCAACCGCAGUGGCAGCGAUAGGAGGAAGGAGAAGGAUGCGAAGCCUGGGGACUCCAAGUCCGGGGGCAGCGGCAGCGAAUCGGACCACACGACACGCAGCAGCCUGCGGGGGCCGCGGGAGCGGGCGCCAAGUGAACGCUCAGGCCCAGCCACCAGCGAGCACAGCCACCGCAGCCACCACUCGCUGGCCAGCAGCCUGCGCAGCCAUCACACACACCCGAGCUACGGCCCUCCCGGAGUGCCCCCUCUCUACGGCCCCCCCAUGCUGAUGAUGCCCCCACCGCCCGCAGCCCUGGGACCCCCAGGAGCCCCUCCGGGUCGCGACCUGGCCUCCGUGCCCCCGGAACUGACCGCCAGCAGACAGUCCUUCCGCAUGGCCAUGGGAAACCCCAGUGAGUUCUUUGUGGAUGUGAUGUGAGCAAGGCAUCCCCACCCACUGCCAUCCCAACCCCUCCCCGGCCGGCUGCGUUCCUCUCUCCAUCCGUCCGUCUUUUUUACUUUGUCUGGUACCUAAAAGGGAAAUAAACGGAACUAAAUCCAGGUGCGCUAACUGCUCGCUGGGUGCAGCGAGGGCAGGGUACACCUACCGAUUGGCUCUGCCAGCCCC